AUGGAAUUUUCCAAUCGCAGGUUGCUCCUAGUGAACGAGGAUGUACCCAUCACCACAUCCAUACCCCCUCUUCCUCACAUCCACGGCACCACCACCAACAACAACUCAUCUUCACCACCGGAAUCAAUGACGUCAUCGUCAUCAAUGUUUGGAAGGCCUUUGCCACUGCCACUACGUCCAUUUUUCACUUCAAACUUAGCCUUCGCCUUCCUCAUCCUCUUCGUUGCGCUCUUCUUCAUUGGCUUCAUCUUUUUGUACAUUCGUCAAUUCUCCGACACGGAUUCAUCAUCAUCCUCCUCCUCCUCCUCCCGCCGCCGCCGCCGCCAUCUUUCACACCAGGGUGUGGACCCCACCUCCGCGAAGUCUCUACCAGUAUUUUCGUACAACGGAGAUGCGAAGCAAAUGGAUUGCGCGAUAUGUCUGGACGAGUUCCGAGUCGGUGACUCGGUGAAGAUGAUUACUUACUGCAAGCACGUGUUUCACAAGGAAUGUAUAGACACGUGGCUCGCUGCGCACGUGACGUGUCCCGUUUGCCGGUGCACCAAGUUCGCGGAUGAGGAUGGAGAAAGAUCAACGGCUGAGAAUGGAGAAGAUGUUAGAGAGGUGGGGUCUGAGUCACAGUCAUAG